GCAUAGCGAUUUUUUUUUACUAAACGCAACCACGAGUCAUUUAAACAUGUGGUUUUAGAAAUCAAAAACAUCUGAACUUAUUACUUUGAUGUUUUCCAAUUUUUAAAAAUAAAAUGAAGUUUGCUUACAAGUUCAGUAAUUUAUUGGGCACCGUUUACAAUAAAGGAGAUUUAAUAUUUUCUCCUGAUGGAUACUCCGUUAUCAGCCCGGUGGGCAAUCGAAUUACAAUUUUUGAUCUAAAAAAUAAUAAGUCCAUGACGCUUCCAGUUGAAAGUAGAUUUAAUUUCACAGCAAUCGAUAUAGCACCAAAUGGAGUCACAUUAAUUGCAAUAAAUGAAGAAGGAGAAGCGAGUUUAAUUAGCUUAAUAAGCAGAACAGUCAUUCACAAAUACCGAUUCAAACGACCGGUAGCAUGUGUGAAGUUUUCACCCGAUGGAAAACACUUUGCUGCAUGUAAACAGAACAAUGUGUUUGUAUUCAAGGCACCUGGCCUAUUGACGGGAGAAUUCAAUCCAUUUGUUAUGGAACGAAUUUUUCACGGUGCUCAAGACGAUACUACCUUCAUAGACUGGUCUUCAGAUUCAAAAAUAUUAGCGGUGGGCUCAAGAGAUAACGCCACCAGAUUAUAUAGUCUUGACAAAUGGGCCAACUUUAGAACUUAUACAUUUGGAAGCCAUACAAAUUCUAUAGUGGCAUGCUUCUUUGAAAAAAACUCUUAUGACAUCUCCACAAUUAGCAGCAAUGGUCAACUAUGUGUUUGGGAAUGCAGCAUUGAACCUGAUGCAUUAAAAGUAUGGGAGCCUCGGGUAAAAAAGCAAAAACCCAAGGAUAGCGACAGCGAAGAUGAUAUCGAUUUAGAUAAAGCCUUGGAAAAGCCUGGAAAGGGAAAAAGGGCGAUGAAACAUUCGAUUGAAAAAGACGGAGAAGAUGAAGAUGAGCCUGAAGAAAAAGACACCAAAGUAGAACCUCUACGAUAUAAAAGAUUAGCAAGACACUAUCUAGGAAAUGAACUCCAAAAUCAGAACCGAAAUGCCGUUCUCACUUCCGCCGCUUAUCAUCGCAGUACAAAAAUUCUUGUCACUGGUUUUAGCCAUGGAGCAUUUUUCAUUCACGAAAUGCCAGAAGUUAACAUGAUCCACUCCCUUAGCAUUUCAGACCAAUGCAUAUCUGCCAUUUCAUUGAACAACACUGGAGACUGGAUAGCCCUUGGUUGUUCCAGCCUAGGCCAACUCCUUGUCUGGGAAUGGCAGAGUGAAAGUUAUGCCAUGAAACAGCAGGGGCACGGUACAAACAUGAAUUGUUUGGCAUACAGUCCUGAUGGACAGUACAUUGUGACAGGUGGCGAUGAUGGUAAAGUCAAACUGUGGAAUGCAUCAACUGGAUUUUGUACGAUCACUUUUCACGAGCAUACUUCAGCUAUUAGCGGAGUUUUGUUCAGCCACAAUCGAAAAUUCAUCGUCUCAGCCUCUCUUGAUGGCACGGUCAGAGCCUACGACAUGACAAGAUAUAGGAAUUUUCGUACUUUGGUGUCGCCUCGUCCUGUACAAUUUGCUUGCCUAGCUUUAGAUACUAGCGACGAGUUCCUCGCAGCUGGGGGACAAGACGUCUUUGAAAUUUUUCUGUGGAGUGUGAAAGUUGGAAGGCUUCUUGAAAUUUUGAGUGGUCAUGAAGGACCAGUCGCGAGUCUUGCCUUCAGUCCGAGUCCUGCUAGUUCGGCAUUAGCUUCAGUUUCCUGGGACAAGACUCUGAAAUUGUGGAAUGCGAUCGAAAGCGGGUCUAGUCACGAAACAAUCCAACUCACAGCUGACGGUUUAUGCGUGGUAUAUAAACCAGAUGGACAGCAAGUUGCUGUCGCGACAUUAGAUGGACAAAUUUCCUUUUUUGAUUGCAAAACUUCUGACCAACUUGGGAGUAUAGAAGGUAGAAUGGAUCUCGGUAGCGGACGAUCAGAUACAGAUCUUGUAACUGCAAAACAAAGUUUACAGGGAAAAGCGUUCACUAGUCUUUGUUAUACAGCAGAUGGCAUGUGUAUACUUGCCGGAGGGCAGUCGAAGAACGUUUGCAUUUACAAUAUCCAGGAAUCCAUACUCUUGAAGAAGUUUGAAGUCACCCAGAAUCGAUCCUUCGAUGCUGUCGAUGAUUUCAUCAAUCGUAGAAAAAUGACUGAUUUUGGAAAUCUGGCGCUUGUCGAAGAUCGUGAUGAAACGGAAGGAGGAAAAGUAGCCCUGCGUUUACCAGGAGUUCGAAAGGGUGACAUGGCAAGCAGAAGUAAUAAACCCGAGGUUAGAGUUUAUGGACUACAGUUUUCUCCCACAGGACAAUCCUGGGCAGCUGCCACCACAGAAGGACUUUUGAUAUAUUCAUUGGACAUGGGAUUGGUGUUCGAUCCGUUUGAAUUAGAUGUCGGAGUAACACCUCAGACAGUAAAAGAAACUUUAUAUAAAAGGGAACAUGCCAAAGCACUUAUGAUGGCACUGAAGCUCAACGAGAAGCUUUUGAUACAAGAAGUUAUUGAGAACAUUCCCUACAAGGAUGCUGAUCUGACAAUAACAGGCCUCUCUGAUGUAUACAUAGAAAAAGUAUUAAAGUUUAUCGCGUCAGAGCUGGAGAAUACGAGGCACAUCCAUUUCUAUCUUUUGUGGAUUGACGCGAUACUAACAAGGCAGGGAUCGAAAAUAAAUUCAUCUACACAGAUGCCCGUCUUGCUGACCCUGCAAAAAAAUAUGCAGAAAAAAUACGAUGACCUUAGCAAAGUUUGUGACUUCAACCAAUAUACGAUCAAAUAUAUUCAAAGACUGGGAGAACAUAAAGCGCGAAUAGCACAGGUAGAGAAAAAUAGUCGGGAAUCGAGUGACGAGGAAGCGCAAAAUGAAUCUGUGACCGAGGAAAUGGAGGUCGAUUAAAUUUUCAUUGAUUAUAAGAUCUGUACAUACUUUGAAAACCCUAAAAAUACAAAUUUUUCAUAAUUUGGUAUUUA